AUGCCGCGCGGCUUCCUCGUCAAGCGCAGCCGGAGACCCGGCGGCUCCUACCGGGCACGCCCGCGGGAGCGGGACCCUGACCGGGACCCUCCGCCCACCCCACCGCCGCCGCCCGCCGGCGGAGACAGCCCCGCCGCUAGACAGGGAGCGGAGGAGGAGAAGGGUGAGGAGGAGGAGGGAGCCGUCGCCGCUUGUCCCGCGACGUGGCCCCCCGGCGGCGGCUGCGGCGGCCCCGGGCUCACCCCGCCGGAGGCUCCGGCCGCCUGGGGGGCGACGGGGCCGUGCAGCGCGGCGGGGCCGCGGGCGGCUCUCUUCGAGCGGUGCCUCAGCUCCCCCGCCUCCGCCGAGUCCUUCCCCCUGGCCGCGUCCUUCCCGCCCGCCGAGAAGCUGCUGCUGCAGCCGCGCACGCCGCUGCCCGCCCCGCCGCUGCCGUCGGUGCCCGCGCUGAAGCGGCCGUCUCGGGCCAAGGCGCCGGCCAAGAAGGGCAAGGCCACGCGGAAGCUGAGCUUCGCCGACGAGGUGACCACUUCGCCCGUGCUGGGGCUGCGCAUCAAAGAGGAAGGGCCCGAGGGCCGGCCGGGGCCGCCGGCGGGGCGCACGCCGCUGGGCGAGUUCAUCUGCCAGCUGUGCAAAGAGCAGUACGCGGACCCGCUGGCGCUGGCCCAGCACCGCUGCUCCCGCAUCGUGCGCGUCGAGUACCGCUGCCCCGAGUGCCACAAGAUCUUCAGUUGUCCCGCCAACCUGGCCUCGCACCGCCGCUGGCACAAGCCGCGUCCCGGCCCCAGCCCCGAAGGCGCCGCCUCGGCCCCGCCGGGCAAGGAGAACAGCCCCGAGCGGCGGCCCCGCGGCGCCCUCGGCUCCAGUCCCGGCCCAGCUCACGGCGGCGCUCCCGGUCCGGGCGGCGGCCCCGGCGGGGAGGCGUUCGCCUGCCCCUGCUGCCAAAAGCGGUUCCGGCGGCAGGCUUACCUCCGCAAGCACCUGGGCACCCACGGGGCAGCGCGGCCUGCCGCCUUCGGCCCGCCGGAGCGAGGGCCCCUCACCUUCGCCUGCCACCUCUGCGGCGCCCGCUUCCCCUCGGCGGACAUCAGGGACAAGCACCGGCUGUGGCACGCCGUGCGGGAGGAGCUGCUGCUGCCGCCGCCGCCGCCCGCCGGGGUCCCCGAGAGCGGCGCGGCGGGCGGCGAGCGGCAGGGCUUCCCCUGCAAACACUGCCCCGCCACCUUCUUCAGCGCGCCCGGGCUGGCGCGGCACGCCAGCAAGUGCCACCCGCCGGAGAGCAGGCAGGUCCUGCUGCUCCAGGUGCCCCUCCGGCCGGGCUGCUAG